AUGCGGGGGUGGGAUUACCUCACAUUGCUGAAGCAGAGGACGCAGAAAUUCGCCCACUGGUACAGAACAUCCAGCAUAGGUCACCGCAACUUCGUCUGGGUAUUCGUUGGCUGUCUCUGUGGAUACGCUUAUGGCACCCUAGAAUAUGUGAAGAAAAAGAAAGGCAAGGGCAUCUAUGCCGAUUUAAUCUACGUGGACGAAUUCAUUGUUGAUGAGAAGAACAUACGGGACUUCGAGAAGAGCUACAACCAGCUGAAUAUCCACUCCUUUAAGAGCAAAGGAUAUCAGUACACAAAACUUUUUAAAGCAAUCAAUUUGAAAAACUCGCCCCUCAGCUACCUUCAGCUGAGGCUCUGGAACAAUACAGACUCCUACGAGGCGUAUUUGAGAAGCGAGGAUAUUCGUGGCCUCACAGAAAAGAUGAAGAAGCAGUGUCUGUUUCACUCUACCGAUAAGUACGAGACGAUUGUGGACGACUCCAUUGUGCGCCUGAUUCAGUAG